AUGGAGAUAGAUAGUGACGUUCCAAUGCAAGACGCAAGCGAGGAACCAUUGGACCCCACUUUAGAUGAGGACUCACCCGAGUUUCAGACUCAAGCUAACCCAGGAUCCUCAGGAAUAGCAGACCAUAAAUCCAGCAAACCGUUGGAGCUAACGGCAAGCAACAUAGGCCAACUUGACCAAUGGAUCGAGCACUUGGGCAAGUGUCAGAUAUUAUCAGAGGAAGACGUGAGCAGAUUGUGUAAAAUGGCCGUAGAUGUGCUUCAAUUUGAAGAGAAUGUACAGCCCGUACACGUUCCAGUAACUAUAUGUGGUGAUGUCCACGGCCAAUUUCAUGACUUAAUAGAACUUUUCAAGAUAGGAGGUCCCUGUCCUGACACAAAUUACCUGUUCAUGGGUGAUUACGUUGAUAGAGGAUAUUACUCCGUUGAAACUGUUUCAUAUCUGGUAGCCAUGAAAGUUCGCUAUCCAAAAAGAAUAACCAUAUUGAGAGGUAAUCAUGAGUCUAGACAAAUUACUCAAGUUUAUGGGUUCUACGAUGAAUGUUUGCGUAAAUACGGAAGUGCAAACGUCUGGAAGAUGUUUACUGAUCUAUUUGAUUAUUUUCCCAUUACUGCAUUAGUCGACAAUAAAGUCUUCUGUUUACAUGGUGGUCUAUCACCAAUGAUUGAAACUAUUGACCAGGUAAGAGAACUUAACAGGAUACAAGAAGUACCACACGAAGGACCCAUGUGCGAUCUGCUCUGGUCUGACCCUGAUGAUCGGGGCGGGUGGGGUAUCAGUCCAAGAGGAGCAGGCUUCACUUUUGGCCAGGACAUUAGCGAGCAGUUUAACCAUACGAAUGAUUUAUCGCUCAUCGCUAGAGCGCAUCAACUGGUUAUGGAGGGGUAUGCUUGGUCUCACCAACAAAGUGUUGUCACCAUCUUUAGUGCUCCUAAUUAUUGCUACAGAUGCGGUAACCAAGCAGCAAUAAUGGAAGUUGACGAAAACCAUAACAGACAAUUUUUGCAAUAUGAUCCUUCCAUGAGGCCAGGCGAGCCAACUGUGAGUAGAAAAACACCUGAUUAUUUCUUAUGA